AUGGAAAAGAUGAUGAAGCAUCAAGAGAUAACCAGCAAGAACUAUGAAGCCUCAAUGAGAAACUUAGAAAGGCAGAUUGGACAACUGUCCAAGCAAGCAGUAAUUGAAAGACCAACCAGUUCACUCCCAAGUGAUACCAUUCCUAAUCCUAAAGAAGAAUGCAAGGCUAUCCAAUUGAGGAGUGGAAGAACUUUGGUGAAUGACAAAGAAGCCACCAAGAAGCCAACAAAAGAUGACAAGACCAGCAGUAAAGAGCAAGUGACAAUUGAAGAAAAGAACCAAGAGAAGCUCAAGGAGAAAGUGGAACCUCAAGCUUCAAAGAAGGGGAAGCAAAUCAUGGAGGAGCCAUCACAAGAACAGAGGACAAUGGUGAAGACAUACACUCCCGCUAUUCCAUACCCUCAAAGGUUUAACAAGGAGAUCAAAAACCAACAAUUCCCUAAGUUCUUAGAGGUAUUCAAGAAGCUAAAGAUUAAUAUUUCACUUGCUGAAGCUCUAGAACAAAUGCCUCUAUAUGCUAAAUUCCUCAAAGAGUUCAUCAACAAGAAAAGGAGUUGGAAUGAGAAGGAGACGUUAAUUCUAACACAAGAAUGCAGCGUUGUCAUCCAAAGAGGCCUUCCUCCAAAGCUCAAAGAUCCAGGAAGCUUCAUCCUAUCCUGCACUAUAGGCAACAGAACAUUGGAUAAAGCUCUCUAUGACUUAGGAGCUAGUAUCAAUUUGAUGCCCCUCUCAUUAAUGAAAAAGCUUGCAAUAGAGAAAGUCAAGCCUACCAGAAUGUCACUCCAAAUGGCUGACAGAUCACUCAAGAUAGCAAAUGGGGUUGUGGAAAAUUUAUUAGUGAAGAUUGGAGAGUUCAUUUUCCCUACUGACUUUGUUAUCCUGGACAUGGAAGAAGAGGGACACAGUUCGAUUAUAUUGGGACGGCCUUUCUUAGCAACAGCAAGAGCCAUCAUUGAUGUGGAGAAAGGGGAGAUGACACUCAGGGUGCAUGAUGAAAAGAUGAUCAUCAAUGUCUUCAAGGCCAUGCAAUACCCUCUAGAGAAGGAGGGGCAUAUGAGAGUGGAGAUGAUAGAAGAAAUGGAGGAGGAGCUACUGGAAGAUGACAACCAGGAGGAAUAA